GCUGAAGGCGGACCGCGGGGCGGCGGGCGGCGCGCGCGCGCCCGAGAGGCGGCUGUUGGAGAAGCGAAGCUGGCGGCGGAGCGGGAGCGGGUGGAGGAUUUGUUUGAGUACGAAGGGUGCAAAGUGGGACGCGGCACCUACGGGCACGUCUACAAGGCGAGGCGGAAAGAUGGAUUCCAGGAGGGCUUCGUGUAUGGACCUCAAGCGUUGGAGGUAGCAGACUUUUCAGCAGAAGAAAAGAUGAAAAGGAAUAUGCAUUGAAGCAAAUUGAAGGCACGGGAAUAUCCAUGUCAGCUUGUAGAGAGAUUGCACUAUUGCGAGAAUUGAAGCACCCGAAUGUGAUCGCAUUGCAGAAGGUGUUCCUUUCUCACAGUGACAGGAAGGUCUGGCUGCUCUUUGAUUAUGCAGAACAUGAUUUGUGGCAUAUUAUUAAGUUUCAUCGUGCAUCAAAAGCAAAUAAGAAGCCCAUGCAGUUGCCAAGAUCUAUGGUUAAAUCAUUACUUUACCAGAUUCUUGAUGGUAUCCAUUACCUUCAUGCAAAUUGGGUGCUUCACAGAGAUCUGAAACCAGCAAAUAUCCUAGUAAUGGGAGAAGGUCCUGAAAGGGGGAGAGUCAAAAUAGCUGACAUGGGUUUUGCCAGAUUAUUCAAUUCUCCUCUAAAGCCACUAGCAGACCUGGAUCCAGUGGUGGUGACUUUUUGGUACCGGGCUCCAGAACUUCUGCUUGGUGCGAGGCAUUAUACAAAGGCCAUUGAUAUAUGGGCAAUAGGUUGCAUAUUUGCUGAAUUGUUGACUUCAGAACCUAUUUUUCACUGUCGUCAGGAAGAUAUAAAAACAAGCAAUCCCUUUCAUCAUGAUCAACUAGAUCGGAUAUUUAGUGUCAUGGGGUUUCCUGCAGAUAAAGAUUGGGAAGAUAUUAGAAAGAUGCCAGAGUACCCCACACUUCAGAAAGACUUUAGAAGAACAACGUAUGCCAACAGUAGCCUCAUAAAGUACAUGGAGAAACACAAGGUCAAGCCUGACAGCAAAGUGUUCCUCUUGCUUCAGAAACUCCUUACUAUGGAUCCAACCAAAAGAAUUACCUCGGAGCAGGCUUUGCAGGAUCCCUAUUUUCAGGAGGACCCCUUGCCAACAUUAGAUGUGUUUGCUGGCUGCCAGAUUCCAUACCCCAAACGAGAAUUCCUUAAUGAAGAUGAACCUGAAGAGAAAGGUGACAAGAACCAGCAGCAGCAGCAGAACCAGCAUCAGCAGCCCCCAGCGCCCCCCCAGCAGGCGGCAGCCCCCCCCCAGGCGCCGGCACCACAGCAGAACAGCACCCAGACCAACGGGACUGCGGGCGGGGCUGGCGCGGGGGCCGGGGGUGCAGGCGGCGGCCUGCAGCACAGCCAGGACUCGGGCCUCGGGCAGGUGCCCCCCAGCAAGAAGCCCCGCCUGGGGCCCUCGGGUGCCAACUCCGGCGGGCCCGUCAUGCCGUCAGAUUAUCAGCACUCCAGUUCUCGCCUGAAUUACCAAAGCAGCGUCCAGGGAUCCUCUCAGUCCCAGAGCACACUGGGCUACUCCUCCUCGUCCCAGCAGAGCACACAGUACCACCCGUCGCACCAGGGCCACCGCUACUGACCGCCACGGCCCAGGGCACAGACUCCAGCAAUAUGAUGUCCGCAUUGACAAGAACCAAAAAUGCAAGUGAUGAUGCCGUUUCAAACGCAUCCACGUCGGUAGGAAGGCUACUUACUGAGCAUUUUGUAGGACUGACUGAUGUCUCUUCUUUAUUGACUUAAAGAAGAUUUUUUUGUGAAGUUUCCCCAACACCCUUGCCCCGCAUGUGUUCCAUUGUGACUUUGAUACAUCGUCUGAUCUAAUCCCAGCACUUAACUUCUGUAACCUUCAGCAUUUUUUGGAAGGAUCUCCUGGUGCACCUUUCUCAUGCUGUAGCAAUCACUAUGAUUUAUCUUUUCAAAGCUCUUUUAAUAGGAUUUUAAUGUUUUAGAAACGACUCCAGUGGUGUAUAGUUUUAUACUUCAUGAACUGAUCUAGCAACACAGGUUUAAAAAAAAAUGCACCUUUUAAAGCACUACGUUGUUUUCACAGAAUAUGACUGUUUUGCUCAUGGAAGUCUUAAACAGAAACUGUUACUGUCCCAAAGUACUUUACUAUUACGUUUUUAUUUAUCUAGUUUCAGGGAAGGUCUAAAAAAAGACAAAUGGUGGGACAGAGGGAACCUACAACCAAAAACAGCCUAGAUCUUUACAGUUACUAUGCUUUAUGCUAUGAAGAACUGUAGUAUGUGGUAGUUUUUAUAUAAUCAAUCACUCAUAUGGAACGUAGUUCCCAGAAUCAGCUUAUCCUGAAUAGUAUUCAGUAAUGAAGAAUUCUAAUUUAACCUUCAUGUAGCGAAGUCUACCUUAAAAAGGGUUUCAAGAGCUUUGAUGAACUGCAGCCCUCUGGUGCCCCGCACCAGAAAGCAGAAGAGAAUAUUAACUGCACUAGGGUUUCUUUAAGGAGUAAGAUUGAUCAAAGGACGUGUUACUUACCUUUGAAGGAAAAGCUUUUAGUGUGUGUUGUACAUAAAAGUUGGCUUCUCUAAAGAACUGUUGGUUUCUUCACGUCUGGGUUAGCUUGAGUAACUUUUUUACAUAAUCAAGAGUACUCAAAUAGAAGCCUGCAAAUUAAUUUGCAAAUUAAUCUGCUUUUAAAAUAAAGAGCAGUGUUCACCAUUCAUAUUUGCAUUAGACAUAGAGUGACUAUUUUUAAAGCAUGUUAAAAAUUUAGGUUUUAUUCAUGUUUCAAGUAUGUAUUAUGUAUGCAUAAUUUUGCUGUUGUUACUGAAACUUAAUUCUAUCAAGAAUCUUUUCAUUGCACUGAAUGCUUUCUUUGCCCCUAGGAGAAAACUUAAUAAUUGUGCCUAAAAAACUAUGGGCAGAUAGUAUACACGACUAUACUAGAUAAAGUGCAUAUUUUGCAUUUCCACGAUCUAUGAAUUAGAGGCUGAGUUCUUUCUUAGCCUGUGAAAGGAGCCCCUCACUCCCCAGAGUCACAGGAAAUGUAAAGAUUUAGAGCUCCCAUUGUAAUGUAAGGGGCAAGAAAUUUGUGUUCUUCUGAAUGCUACUAGCAGCACCAGCCUUGUUUUAAAUGUUUUCUUGAGCUAGAAGAAAUAGCUGAUUGUUGUAUAUGCAAGUUAUAUGCAUUUUUUAAAAACUAUUCUUUGUGAACUUAUCUACCUGGUUAUGAUACUCUGGGUCCAUACACAAGUAAAAUAAGAUUUUAGACAGAAGCCAGUAUACAUUUUGCACUAUUAAUGUGAUACUGUAGCCAGCAAGGACCUUACUGAUCUCAGCAUAAUAAUGCUUAUUAAUAAUAAAAGCUAUAUAGUGACACUCAUUGACAUUGAAGAUGAAACAGUUGAACAUUCUCCAUUGGAAGGAAUUUUUGAUCGUCUCUAUGGUAAUUCACCCCUUCCGUUUUUGUUUUGUUUUGUUUUAAUGAGAAAGUAAUAGCCCUUUGCAUAACAUAGCUACCUGUAUAAAAUUCUGUCUUGUGCCCUGAAGCCUCACUGUCCAUAGUUAUUGGCCAUCAGAUGCUCACUGUACCCUCACCAUGUGCUCAAUGCCAUGCUGGGUGGAAGACUCAAAGGGCAAGACAUGCUCCCUGUCCUUAAGGAGCCUGUGAUCCAUUCCAUGGUGGGGUGAUAGGAGUGGCUUAUAAGACUCUGAAGGUCCUUUUGUUUACUUCUAAACUCAUUGGAUAGAGUUAUUAUUCCAAAUUCUGCUGUGUAAUAAACAGUGUUAUGGAGAGGUUUCUAUCUGCCUUCGAGAAAGCCAGCGAUUAAAUAUCACAACAGGCAUUAAUGCAGAUUUGAAAUGUUCACAGCAGCCUUUCAACAACAGUCAGGUGGCCCUUAUAGGCAGAAUAAACUCCUUAAGUGGUUGUGGGAAAUUAUAAUGAAAACAGAAUCUAUGUUGCUACCCUUCGGGGGCACUUAUAUUUAAUAAGAGAAAAGCCCACUUACAUGCAGAGACCAAAAUACCAUGCCCCUUAAUACUUUAAAAGCAACUUUGAUACACAAAUCUUGUGACAUGUGCUUAUAUAAUCAAUGGGCUACCCUGCUUUCCUUGCAGAUAGUUAAUUUUAUCGGCAGAACUGAUACGAAAACCAUGAGGGCAUUUCAUCAGUUUUUCCUAGUCCACAGUGUUCUCCAGGAUACGGCCAGAUAUCCCCAUUAUUCUGGUCACUAUGCUGGCACUGGCCCAUUUGUUCUUGUUCUUGCCUCGGAGUAGGUGAUCCCCAUUGGCGCCCAAUUACCCUUGAAAUAAUUAUGGUUCAUGAUUUCCUUUGGGACGGGGAACAAAGCCUUUAACAUUCUAAUGGACCCUAAACUGUGGGACCUGGAGGUAGAUCUGUGAAGCCUCUUGAGGUUAAAAUUUUAUCUUUGUGGUCCCCAAAUGACCUCAUUCCUCUCCAAAUACUCAUUACCAUCUUGUUCCCUGAGAAUACGGGAUGGGGAGGCACCCCUCAGCCCGUGAGAACCCAAACCAAAGGGAGGUUAUUGAAAGGAAGGAAGGAAUAAGGGUGAAGGUUUUCUGCCCUCCAUAUUACAAAUCAGUUUUCAAAUUAGCCUUCUGGUGAGGUACGCAUUUGGCGAAAGGGAUUCUAAGCGUUCCAGGAGCCGAGCUCAAGGGUAAGGUAGCCUGGUGGCAGGGCCGUUACUACGAGGCUGAAGCAAUCCUUGUGAUGAAAGUAGAUCGUGCAGUAACAUACAAAAACCAAGGACAUGUAUAUUUUUAUAUCUGUGUGGUUUUAAAACUUUAGUAUGUAGAACUUUGGCCUUCUGCACUACUCUUUUGCUCUUAGAAACACAAUUUACAUUGAAGAAUGGAAAGGGACGAUAUUUACCUACAUGUUCACUGCCUCACUCCUGGCGAAGCAACUGCUGAGUGUGUGCCCCUGAAAGGAUGCUGUUUUCUCGGCUCAAGGUAAAAGGCAAAAGCACCGGACAGUAAGAUUUGCAGCCUCAUCUGCUUUGGAUAAAACUAUGUGGCAGAAACUAUACGAUGAAGGAAGAAUUCUAUGAAAAUUGCGAAUCCUAAACUCUACGGUGAUACCUUUCUAGGGAAUGGAGAAAGGCAGUAAAAUAGCAGUUAGCCUACCAGAGGCUCGAAGGACUCAAGUAUAUGUAAUGUUUUACAUCAAACUUAGCAGUACGGGCCUCUGUCAUCUUCAAGAGUAGUCACAGAUAUUAUAAAGCAGAGUUCAUUGUUUAGGAUUUUUAAAAAAUGUGUUGUACCUAAGGCCAUACUUACUCUUCUAUGCUAUCACUGCAAAGGAGUGAUAUGUAUGUAUUAUAUGAAAAAAAAAAUCCUUAAUGCACUGUUAUCUCCUAAAUAUUUAGUAAAUUAAUACUAUUUAAUUUUUUUAAAGAUUUGUCUGUGUAGACACUAAAAGUAUUACACAAAAUCUGGACUGAAGAUGUCCUUUUUAACAACGAUUUAAAGUACUUUUUAUAUAUGUUAUGUAGUAUAUCCUUUCUAAACUGCCUAGUUUGUAAUCCCCAUAAUUCCUAUUUGUGAAGUGAACCUGUCUUUGUCCCUUUUUUCAGCCAUUUUCUGCACGCACCCCCUCUUUCUAUGAAUAUAGCGAUGACUGCUGCGUAUGCUUCCCACACCCUGCGGCGAGGUCCGGUGCCCGCUCAGAGCCAGCUGCCCCCCAAGCCAGGCCGCUCUGUGGGGUGCGGGGGAGCAGCCACUUUGGAGCUGAGUGUUUCCCGCUUUUGAGUUGUCCUGACAUCCUUCUUGAAAUGACUGUUAAAACUAAAAUAAUCUACACUGCAUUUAUUUUAUAUUCUUGGUUGUAAUAAAAUUUAAUUGACUUUG